GCACCAUUCAUUCUCGAUAUCUUGCCACUUGCUUUGCUUUGCGCCUUGUCGUUGUCAGUGCCGCGCCAACCGUCACCGGUAACGCUUGUCACGUCGCUUGUAACGUAUCCAAUACGCGAGUGUCAUUUUUGGGAAUUAAAAACAACAAUCCGUGUGUUUAAUGAGAUAAUAUCGAUAAUAGAAUCGUGGCUUUGUUAAACAGUGUGAGAUUUCUAAGGAGUUAAUUGAGAACAUUCGCGGCGGACGCGUGGCUUGGAGAAGUUGAAAAACAAACGGUCGUCCGCUCGUCUCGAUUCUCAUUUCUCGUAUUUCUGUUUACGAAUGGUCCUCACUCGAUAAUUAGUUUGGUAAAAGUGUGUGUGUGUGCUGUGGACGCUUGAUGGUUUAAUUAGGACUUGAUUAGCGUGCUGCUUUUAACUGAUUCGUGUUCACGACUUCGGAAUCACAAAUGCUCAAGUUGGAGACCCCGGAGGUGCACAUGUCAGUGCCGCUGCCGGCGCGCGCGCCGGACCCCGCGGCGCUGGCGGCCUACUGGGCGGAGUACGAGGACUUGUGCCGACAGAUCAGCACCGCGCACAGCAACGACGACGACGACAACCAUUAUGAAGAAGGCGAGUUGGAAACAGAAUGGCUACAGUCUGCAGGCCUCGGCAUCCUCGCGGCCCCGUUCCAGGCAGGCCUGGAAGUGACCGAGGCGCAGUUGGGCGAGGCCGUGAGGCCUUUGCCCAGGGAGCAAGCGGCCGCCGUGCGCCGCCGCGUCAGAAGACUCAACAGGACUGUGAGGAGAAAACGCGCGGCUUCAAGAGCUAAGAAACCCGAUAUCCGAGAUGUCUUCAGAGACUUGGAGAAUUCCAGCGGGAGCGAGCCCCGGUCGCGCAGCGCGACCCCCGACUCGCUGGACUCGCUGCCCAGCGGCGGCUCUGGCAGCCCGCCCGCCGAGUGGGCCGACGGCGCCACGCCCCCCGACUUUGUCGACAGUUACCCUCUAGCGGGCACGCACGCGCCGGUCGCGCGCACGCCGUCCGCGCCCGCCGCGCGACGCGCGCGCCUGUCCCCGCCCGGCCCGCACUCCCCGCCGCGGCCCGUGCACGAGCUGUUCAAGCCCAACGACUUGCACUGGGCAGACAUCGCCACUAACACCGAAGGUAUCGAGCUGUUGGGCUACCAGAGGUACGGCACGGUGCAAGGGCCGCGGAUUGGGAAAGAGCGCAUCAAUGGGACCAUUUUGAAAGAAAACGAUCCUUUUAUGAAACAUGCCCCAGUAUCACGCACAAAGAGUGCAGCGUCAACACAACAACCGCUCAGCUUCGAGCAUAAGUUCAACUUGGAUAAACAGAUGUUAGACAACGAAGAGGAAUGGCCCGAAGAAGACAGUACAGUUGAUAUCGAAACACUGAACGAGUCGCAAGUGAAGAAGUUGCAGCCGGUACUGUGGCUCGACUUGACCACACAGUUCGACAGGUACUCCCUGCCCUUCCACAAACGAAAAUCACCGAAGAAGAAGAGAAAAGAAGAGGGCAUGGUAUUCGGAGUGGCGCUGGAGACUCUCCUCCGCAAGGACAUGAUCCUGUGGGAGGAGACGUGGAGCUCCGUGCCGUCCGUGCUGCGCGCGCUGUCCUCCGCCCUGCGCGCCAGGACCAAGGACGAAGGGCUGCUGCGCGUGCCGGGAAACAAACACAAGAUUGAAGCGCUCUGUCAACUGAUAGAGCGUCAGUGGUACGAGGACCGCGACACUGUGGAGGCCGCGCUGCGACGGGCGACGGGCCACGACCUCGCGGCGGUGUUCAAGCGCCUGCUGCGGUCGCUGCCCCAGCCGCCGCUCACGCAGGAGCUCAUGAGGCUCUUCUAUCACACGUAUGCACUAUCAGGCACCGCACAAGGAAGAGUACUCAACCUGCUCGUGUUGUUGCUACCGUCGGAGCAGCGCGCCACGCUGCGCGAGAUCCUGCGGCUGGUGCGAGAGAUUGUGGCCAUGAGCGACACCAACAAGAUGAGCGAGCAUAAUGUGGCCAUGAUCAUCGCCCCAGCGCUGUUCCCGCCCAGUCUCCUGAUUAAGCAAACGGAUAGCCUCGAGACUCAACUGGCCACCGCAGCAAACAGUUGCCACGUGACAGAAGCCCUCAUGCGUUGGUGCGACCAAUUGUGGACCGUCCCAUCGUCAUGUCUUCUAACUUCACAGAGGAAACCGCCGCCACAUCGGCGGAAUCAUCACACCUGAGUUGGUAGUCAUGAGGAACCGUGGACCAAGCGGUUGCAGUGACCUUUUUUCCAAAUCAAGCCUAAAACUAGGGAAAGUUGGACUACAUCUUCUGUGCAAUACAAACCCAGUAUAUUAUAUUUCAAGUACUGAAAUAAUAUCAGUCGUUAAACUGAAGAUUUCUUCUUUAGGUUCGAGGUAAUCCAGGUAAAACUCCAGGUUUGGUCAAUACUGUAUUCAGGAAAAGAACUAUCCAAUUUUGUUAAAUAUUCAGAAUCGCCAAAUGGUUUUUGAAGAAUUGGACCAAUGUUGGAAAAUGUGUGGUAAGCGAAAUGCAACAGAAUGGGUUCAACUUUCUAAAUGUUGGCUUGGUUUUAUAAUUUUGGGCCAGGCUAUGGUAAUUGCCGAAUUACGAGCUCGAAUGAACCUUAUGAUUUUUCUAAUCAAUGUCGAUUUUGUUUAUGCCGUAAGUUGUUGUAGGUAUAGCUUGACCAGGACAUGUAACCCUGCUAUAUUGUAGUAAAUAAAAGAACUAAUAUAUGCCAUGUAACACAAAAGGAGACUGCAAGAGCACACAAAUAGUCUUGUCAAAUUGUUAAUUAAGGUAAAACCCAAAGGCUGUCCACUGUGGAAGUUUUGUGGUGGACAAUAGGUAAUACCCAUAAAUUAACACAGCCCGAAGAGUCGCUUAUUGGAAUGACCUUCAAUUUAAAACAUCAUAUGCUAUAAAAUCAGUUUAUAGACCAGCGACUGAUCCCUGAUAGAUUUAGCUGGUCACAAAAAGAACCAAUUUCUUCUACUAACAUACGAAGAAUGUACUGUUAAAAAUACUUGUGGCGCUCUCAAUAAAGGAUUUUUAUAUUUCUGGUCCAGCUAUACCAACAUUAAGGUGCUUUAAGUAUUAUAAAUAUUAGGAUUUUGUUUAGAAUCACGCUGAGCUGUGUUAUAUUCCUGAACAAUAUUGAGUGAUACAGUUAUAUAAACAUUACGUUAUAAAUAAUUAAUAUUAAAUGCAUAUAUACUCUGUGUUAAUUGUAUUGUUAACACAUUUAGUGGUAUACCUACAUGUGAAUAAGAUGCCAAAUAUUCAUCAUAUACUUACUCUUAAUAAAUGUUGUUUAUAUUUAAAAUAUUAAUCUUAAACAUUUAUUCCAGUUUUUGAGGCUGCUAUAAGAUAAAUUCUUUUAAAUUUAAAUUUACUUACGUUCGGAUUUUUAUUGUGGUUGUAAUUUUGGAACACAAGCUUUUAAUUUAUUUUGGUAUGGUAUGGUAUGGUAGACUAAAAAGACGUCACACUAAAUUCAAUAUGGCUGAUUGUUUUUCUUACUUUGCAUUAUAACAAGAUAUGGGCAUGUAUCAAAUAAAAUGGUUUACUCAUAGAAUACUUUUAAAGAAAUUAAAAAAUAAUAAUAUUUACUUGGUUUCAAAUACAUUCUACACUAAUUCUUAUAGUUUUAUUUGGACAAACUUCAAUACUUCUUUUCCAUUUCUUUUAAAAGGUACAUUGAAAGCUCUAAAAAUAUUAUUAGUGCUUUAUAUUAAUCAACUUCAUAAAAAAAGGAUAUUUUAAAGCUUGUGUUCCAUUGGUUGAAAUAAUAGUUAUUUUGUGGAGUGUGGUGCCAUUGGCUUUGGUCUUGUCAAGUUACCAUUUUAUGAAAGCAAUAUAAACGUAUGGUUGUUGGAAUGGUGCCUUUUAGUGUGUAGGCUAAGAGCAAGUGAAUAUUUGUGCUGUGCAAAAUAUUUAUAAAAAAACUAAUUGAACGUAAGUGACUUGUCUACAUCGUAUGAAUCAUUUAGUAGGAUCAGUUGAUUAAUCAAAUAAAAUAUUGUCUUCAAAUUAAAAAUAAUACAUUUAAUAAAGUCGUAUGGCAAAUUGAAUUACCUAUCUGAGCAUAAUGUUACCUAUGAUUAGUGUCUUUUAAUAUUAAAAAUAUUGAAUAGCAUUAUAAUUAUUCACUGGCUCUUAGACCGGAUAAUGUAUUAUAACUUAGUACUCAAUACGAGUAGUUUAUUCUUAUUUAAAAAAAUAAAAGUGUAAAUAAAAUGUAAAAUAUCUUACCAAUUGACUAUUUAGGCAUGCAAAGACUGACUUGGUGUAUUAUUCUAUAUAAAUGUAUAUUAUUUCUUAAGAGUAUUUACUUCACAAAUAAACGUAUAUUUAAAUUCUGA